GCCGCGUUCUCAUUUCCCUCCUUCAUCUUCUGCUCGGACGGCUCUCCUUUGCGUCAGGCUUGUGUGGUGUGUACUUACUUCCCGGGCACCUAGAGCAGGUUCUCCUGAGACAGCCGCUCAGUCAAUCCCUCCAGAACUGGCCGACGCAGGUCUGGUCCCGUCUUAUUAAUCCAAUCCACUAGAAGCCUGUCGAAGAUCGCAUUGAUCUCCUCAGAGUACGCAGAACCUCUUCUUCUGAUACCUAUCGUAAGGGAACACUCUUUCUGUGCAACAAAAUGGCCGCCACCACUCCUUACCCCGCGUCUCUGAACACCCUGUUCGACGAGACGUCCUCGCUCCGGGACCAGUAUGGCCCCAUCCGGCUGACAGAUGCGGAUAUUACUCCCCUGCUGCAGCUGCCCUCCGCGCAGGCGGUCUUUGGACAUGAUUCGACAGAUGAGAGUGCUCUCGGCCGUGUCUCUGGCGGAGAGAUCUCCUAUACUACCUUCUUGUCUGAAAAGGCAAAGACGGUCGCCCAAUCACCAGUGGAUGGCUUGACCUCCGAACAACAGCGUUCCCAAUUGCUUCACAUCGGUCUCGCGGCCCUAUUUGCCUUUUUGCAGUCGAACGUGACCGGUCCUCCUCUGGAGUUCAGCCCGGCAGAUGUCAUCAUUCCUGCUGCUCUGCGGCCGGACGCGGCGGCCCUCCGUGCCGUUCGUGCUCGUGUCAUUCGUGACCUCUCGGUGGAUGGUGAAGCGGCCUACAAGCUGACCCCUAACGUGGAGUUGUUCGCUGUGGCAAAGGCUAUCCUGGUCGACGCUGAUGUCUUGUCGAACGGCCCAGUGAUCGCUAGGACCGCAAGGGUUCGUAUCAACUUCCUUCACCAGAAGAUGUUGUCGGAAGUCACCAGCACAUUGCAGGAUGCGAUCUACGAGGAUCUGCAAGAGCUGGAGAAGGUCGUCAUAAGCGAUAAGUGCACUGCGCAGGAGAAGGGCAGGUUCCUUCUGGAACGGGCCACGAUCCAUACUCACCACAGCUUUGAUGCGAAGGCCAGAAAGGAUCUUGAACAGGCUGCGGUUGAGCGGAAGUUCGAGUUCGCGUUGACCGGUAAGCUCGGAAAGAGGACCAAGUUCCAGGAGCGUGAUACCAGUCAGCUCGUCAUCCUAGCCAAGAGCGCCGAUGAGACAUCAGAGGCAACGGGUGCUGCCACGGAGUCGGAGAACGAUAAGCUCUCCGGCCCGAAGAACCUCGACCUCAAUGAUGAUACUCUCCUGGAGUCAAUUUCCUUUACCAAGACGGACAGACAGGAAUCUCAGGGAUCGCAAGUGACCGUCCAUGAUGAGUCGGACCUGCCCCCAGCCCUGGCUGCUCUGGUUCCUGGCAAGCAGCCUAAGCUUGACCCUGUCGACUCUGCUAUUCUCCUCGCUCUGGCAUCCGCAAUCACAAACACUGCCCCCGAAAACGGUCUUACCCGGGAGGAAACCCAGCCGUACGCGACCCGCGUCCUGGAGGGUGGCAGCUCGAACUGGCAGGUGUACACCCAGGCCCUGAUGGUGCGUAGUCGGAUCGAGGGCUACAAAGCCAGGACGAUCGAGAGAGCCGUCUUGCAGAUGCAGGCUCUCGUUGACCAGGUCAUCGCCGACACCGCCACCUCCGAUGUUCAAGCAGGCAUAGCCGUUGAAGGACCUACUACUUUCCUCCCGAGACCCGAGAAAUCGGAGUCUGCAUCCGCCGCCGAGCGUCUGGAGUACAUCUGGAUCCUGAACUUCUCCACUCGGUGGAGCCUCGAGGCAGAGCUCGCAACUCGCUGGGUCAACCUCGGAGGUCUGCGAACUGCCCUGGACAUCUACGAACGCCUACAGAUGUGGGCUGAGGCAGCUCUCUGCUACGCCGCUACCGAACGUGAGGACAAGGCCAAGUACCUCGUCCGCAGACAGCUCUACCAACCCACCGGCACGGACCCCGACGAUGAGAACGAGAAAUUCGACGGACCCGAACUCUCUCCUCUCCCUGCCGAUGCUCCCCGCCUGUUCUGUAUCAUGGGUGACAUCGACACCGACCCGGCAAUGUAUGAGCGUGCGUGGGAAGUCUCGAACAACAGAUACGCUCGCGCCCAGCGCUCUCUCGCCCGUCACUAUCUCACCUUGAAGCCCCCGGCUCUGGAGAAGGCCGAGGAUGCCUACCACAAGAGUCUGCACAUCAACCGCCUCAACCACAGCGCGUGGUUCGCCCUCGGCUGCGUUCAGCUUGAACUCCAAAAGUGGGACGACGCCAUCGACUCCUUCACACGCGCCGUGCAGUUGGAAGACAGCGACGCCGAAGCCUGGAGCAACCUCGCCGCCGCCAUCCUGCGCUCUCCCAAGCCCGCCGAAACUGAAACCCCCAUCCCCGAAACCCUCCCCGACGAGGUCACCGAGGAAGGCGAGCAGCCCGUCCCCGAAGACCCCCACAAGCGCAAGCGCGAAGCCCUCGCUGCCCUCCAGCGCGCGGCGCAACUCAAACACAGCGACGCCCGCAUCUGGGACAACGUCCUCACCGUCGCCGCCUCGAUCCCUCCCCCCUUCACUCCCUUCCGCGAAGUCAUCACCGCCCAGAGACGCGUAAUCGAGCUCCUCGGCUCCAAGACCGGCGAGAAAUGCAUCGACGGGCCCAUCGUCGGCAUGCUCGUCGACCACCUCGUCACCGCCUACGACUACGAGGACCUCCUCAUCCGCACUGACGACUCUUCCACCUCCGAGCGCGUCGUCCGCAGCGGCACCAUCGCCGGCCAAAUCCUCUCCCUCAUCGAUAACAACAUCGUCCCCCUCAUCACUCACUCCGCCCCUCUGUGGCUCCUCGUCUCCCGCGUCGAACAAUUCCGUGACCGUCCCUCCAAGGCUUUCGAGGCUCACGAAAAGGCCUGGCGCGCGACCGUCUCUUCCUGCACUCAGGGCGCCUUCCAAAUGGGCGACGAGAAGAAGUGGAUGGAGAUUGUCCGCGCCACGGAACGUCUGAUUCGCGAUGGCUAUGCCCGGUACGGCCCGAUGGAUAAGGAAGGUGAGCCGAAGGAUGCGGAGGUCCUCGUGGCCAAGGACUGGAGAUUCAAGGCCAGGAGUGCCGUCCGAGGUAUUCUGGGUAAGGGUAAGGAGUUCUGGGAAGAUAGUGAGGGGUGGACUCGGUUGAAGGAGGUGCAGACUGAGGUGGGAAGUUCGUAACUGUGAUUGUGAUGUGACUGGAUAUGGUAUAUGGCAUAUGUGUUUAUGAAAGGGAAAAGUUUAUGCGUUGUUGAUUAUGAGGAAUGUGAGCAGAUGCUGCAUAUAGAUUUUAUCAGAGUUUAUUAUCUAUUUAUGUCUCAUUUUGUCUUCUUUCUUCCUCUUUUGAUUUUGAUAUUGUCAGAGAUAUCCAGAUCCGGACGAAAAC